AUGGGUGACGAAGAAGUUGAUUUCUGGACACCUACUAUUGAGGCCUUUGCACCGCUGCAAUUAGAUGGACCGGAACUCACCCCAAAAUUACUUAAAAGACCUCCAUUUCGUUUUAUUGCAGAUAUUGUCACUUCCAUCAACACACGCUUUGCCGCAUAUGAUCAUAUCUUUCGACCAGACCAAUUAGAUGCUGCUAGUAUAGACACCAAGGAGAAGAAGAUUGAGUAUUUGACAACAUUGGUAAAAUAUGUGGGUUCUCUUCUAGGGCAGAAGAUUGAUGUAAAUGUGAAGAAAAUUGUGUCUGGUAGUGAACCGGAAAAGACGAAUGCAUUUCUUCGAUGUCUUGCAUUAGCGGUAGGGUAUGCACAGCAGGACAAGGCGAGAAGAUUACAGUCCCCACCACCGCAACAACAACAACAACAAGAACAACAGGAACCACCACCGCAACAACAACAAGGAGAAAAUCAGAUAACCACCACAAUGCCAACCACAUCCGAGUCUGGGCCUGAAAUGGCUGAGAGACAAUCUUUACCAAGGCGGAUCUCAAAUGCAUCUGAAAAGGCUAGUAACAAAGCGGUAGCCAUGCAUGACUCGACGGAAUUAUUUAAAAAAAUUAGUAAUUACGGCUACCUUAAUUUGGACCAAGUUCAAUCAGUGAAAGAAGUGGGUCAAAGUAUUGUAGAUAUGUUUAGUGAUCUUCAAAAAAAUAAGGUUGAAACGCAACCAUCAUCAUUACCUGUAGAUGCGCUUGAGACAGCCAUUAAACGGCAAAUUGAAGUGAUUAAACAAGUUGAUUCUCUUGAAGAAGAAAACAACUCAGUGAUAGAAAAACUUGAGGUUCUACUAUCUUCCUGA